AUGGCUCCGAUGCUGCAAGGGACGCAGCCAGGCCAAGACGACCAAAACCGCCAGGACCUGCCGCGACCGUACAAGUGCCCGCUGUGCGAUAAGGCGUUUCACCGCUUGGAGCACCAGACAAGACACAUCAGGACACAUACAGGGGAGAAGCCACACGCCUGCCUGUACCCGGGAUGCACAAAACGCUUCAGCCGGUCGGACGAGCUCACCCGGCACUCCAGGAUACACAACAACCCGAACUCGAGAAGAGGGAACAAACAACACGCUCAGGCACUCGCCAACUCCGUCAACACCGUCGUCAACGCUGGCCUACUCGAGAACGGACAGAUGACGCACAUGAUGGCGCCGCCAACCAAACCACUCUCGCGCUCAGCACCCAACUCCGCCGUCGGCUCGCCAAACGUUUCGCCGCCUCACACCUAUGCCAGCUACUCCAGCGGGGCUACCCCAAGCCUCCCAUCGUUCAACGGGAACAGCGGCGCGCACUCGAGCAAUCCGAUCGACCUUCUUGCAACUGCUGCAUCUCGGGCUCAGCGCGAAACGCACCUUAUGCCCCAGCAAUUUGGUAGCAGUCAUUCGAGUUACAAUCAGCAACUCAACCACUCGUACACUCACCACAACAACUCCGGCCGUCUUCCCGGACUGGCACAGUACUCGCUUCAGUCACAGCCGAUGUCGAGAUCGCACUCGCACGAGGAAGAUGAUCCCUAUGGGCACCGCAUGACGAAGAGAUCGCGACCUGGCUCGCCCAUGUCGACCGCGCCGCCCUCUCCGACCUUCUCGAACGACUCUACUUCACCCACACCGGACCACACUCCUCUGGCCACUCCCGCACACUCUCCUCGACUCCGACCACACGGCCUCGACCUUCCUCACCUCCGACACCUGUCUCUCCAGCCGAUGCCAGCACUCGCUCCCAUGGAGCCCAGCGCAGACGGCUCGCAUCCUUACGUGCCUCAUCAGAGCAGUGGUCUUCGGAUCGGCGACAUCAUCUCCAGGCCCGAGGGCGCGCAGAGAAAACUGCCCGUUCCUCAGCCGCCCAAGGUGGCCGUCCAAGAUCUGCUCAACAGCAGCAGCGGCUUCUCUUCCGGCAACUCGUCGCAGACCGGCUCGGUCGCCGGCAACGACCUCGCCGAUCGUUUCUAA